ACUCCACUCUUCUGUCACCCUUCCAAAGCUUCAGCACCGAGUGGUGGUGGUUAUUCCACUGCUCGGGGUCCUGGAAGUUGUAGUAUUCACAGUUCGGUGUUUGUCUCUCAGGUGUGUUUAUAAAACAUCAACACCAGGAGCUGAUCAGAGCGGCAGGACUGGAGACCCAACACACAUUCGGGUCAGGGGUCAGGGGUCAGUGUGGAUGGAAACACUGUUAAACAGUACAGUACAGUGUCCUCUUCUUUCUCUUCUAAUGUCCGGAUAAAUCCACCAGUCUGAAAGCCCCUCCCCCCAUUUUAACUUAAUAUAUGCGCAUUUAAAUGAACACUUAAUUACUUAAAUUAAUAUUUAUUUUACAUUUAAUUUAAUUUAAAGUGUAUCUGAUUUUAUUAGUUUGUCUGAUUUCUUUAUUUUCAUUAAAUCCAAUGUUUAUAUUCUUUAAUUUGAGUGAGUCGCUUGAAUGUGUGGACUUGUUCAGGUUUCUGGUUGAAUUCUGUUCCAGUGGAUAUUAGUUCAGCGUAUGUAAACAGUUGUUUAUAUGUUUUGGUUUUAUUUUGAUUAUCAGUGAUUAUUCGGUUUGUUUUUACUGUAUUUGAUUGUAUUUCCUCGGCUGUGUUCGAUUAGAUCUGAUCUGGUCUGACUGAUUAAUAAAGUAUUGAGUGAUUCAUUAACCGGGUGUUAUAUGACGGAGUAGUGAGCCUCAUGUGCAGUGUGUAAGCGGGGUGACUUUUAUUUCACCGGAAGUGGCCGUGUAAGGGUUUUUUUCCCCCCCUUUUCUCUGCGCGUGUCUUGUUGUCGCUCUUUUCUCUGUGUUAUGUUUUUUCUCUCGCUUCAGGCUGCUUCCUGUGAGCGCGAGCGCGACUCUGCAGUCACCCGCACAUGUUCAUGAUGAGAGAGAAAGCCGCGCGCACCGGGGCCGCCAGUGUUUCUCAGCUGUGCUGGUUACUGCAAUGAAUGGCAACACUAUCGAGGAGACCCCGAGCAGCAUAGCGCCCCCUUGUGGCUGGAGGGAGUUUUGCGAGCUUCAUGCGAGUGCCACGGCGCGAGAGUUAGCGCAGCAUUACCGCCGUUUUGCCGGAACUCGACCGCCGCACGAUGUUGUUUCUCCGGAGAAAUUCAGCAGGCACUUCAGCGCCAUCUUCCAGCACCACUUCCGGCAAGAGGUGGCCAAAGAAGAAGCCCCGCCCCCUCCCGUGACUGGCCGUGCAUGCUCCUUUUCUGGAGUGCUCGAUUACCGGGAAGCAGGUCGACCAGUGGGUGGAGCCUCAUUUGUCAUUUUGCCACCAAAGCUGGAGCGGGAGCAGCCGCUGCAAAACUUCACUACACACAGACCACUUGGUCACUCCCAAGGGGUGGAGCUUGCUGAGAAUUACGCCCCUUCGCCUGUUUUGCCACCCCCCUCACAUGUCAACGUCUUCUCUCAGAUCGGAAGAAGCGUGUGCCAGUUCUUCAAGAAACAUUCGUCGCGUGAGGACUCGGUCCAUGACAACUCCGGGGACGAGUCGGAGAGAAGAAGCGGGGCUUCGGGGUCAGCGGAACACUCCUCAGCUACAGCGCCGCGUAGUGGCAUACAGCUGUUCAGCCGCCUGAAGAGGCACAGCACAAAAUGGCGGCAGGAUACAGGAAGCGUGUGCAAGGAAGGACAUUUUAGCUACCUGGAGGUAAAUGACACGAUUUCGGACACGGCCCCACGCUGGAUGCGCUGCCGCCUGCUGGUCCGGAGGACAAACGACAGGUUGGAACUUCAGCUCUACAACCCGCCCAAGGUAAGAGUCACGGACCUAGCAGAAAUUCCAAACAUUUAUUCUGCACCCUGUAUAUGGUGCGAGUGACGUUAAUGUUUAAACGUGGACGGGAGCGGGGUGUUUGGGUUAAAGGAGGACUUAACAGGUGUGUGUUCCUGUCUGCCCAAGGUUAUGUCCAAACUGCACACUUACUGAGGCUGUGUAGCAGGAAUAUAGUGUAGCGUGCUGGUUCCGGUAUACAUUUAUCAAGCGUGGUCAUUAGAUUAUUAGGCCACGCCCAUUAGGACGGACGGUCUCAGAUCAGGCGACGGUGUGUAGGCGUAUCCACGAUGGAAUAAACCACCGCAUCAUCACGGCGGAUGGUUUAUCCCGUACGGAUGGAUUCAUGUUUAUUUAUUUACUUAGUUGUUUUGUUUAAUGUUUAUUUAACCCGGCACAUUGAGACAAAAAAUUCUAACACUGCCCCUAGACUACUGCUAUAUAUGAUCUCUCUCUCACACACACACACACACCCUCCUACUCUCUUAGGGGUGUAGCUGCUGGUCAUUUUAGUAGCCAAUCAGAUGUAGGGGGUCAUGGCUAGAUCCAGAUCCUGAUUGGACGAUAGUCAAUGAGGAAUCUUGGCGGACUUA